AGAAAUAGGUGGAUCCGUAUUAUCUAUUUAUUAUUUCAAUAAAAAAAACCCAAAUAAUUAAAUGAACAUAAUUCCCCGUAUUUUCUUCAUUUUCAUAUAUAAGCUGUAUACGGAAACGGAAAGGAAAAAAUCCCUCUCAUCCGGGUCCUCACUUCCUACCAAGAUUCGCAUCUCUUCCUUGCCUUGCUUCCAAUCCAUCAAUUUCUUAUCUUUGGGUUUCUUCUUUUGUGUUUACUUGUUUCGGUUUCAUUCAUAAGAACCUCUCUUUAUCAAGAUUUCUAGGUGAUUGCAGAUGUUGGGAACUUCCGUUGGAGUGCGAAUUACAAUUUUGUAUUAGAGUAAGAAAUGGAGCUGGAUAGCAUUAAAGAUGCAUUUGAUCGUGUGACAAAGAAGCAGAAAUUAUCUUCUUCCAAAAGUCAAGAAGUAGCUGAUAAAAUCCAUCUGGAAUUGGAGCAGGUGCUACAAAAAAUACAGUUAGCUGAUAAUCCGGAAUGUCCAAUUGAUUUGAGUUCAGUUGCUGCUGAACUCAAAGCUAAAUUGAAGGAUAUUGCCCCACUCACUCAGCUUGAAAGCACACAAAAGGAGUUGAAUGCUGCUCUGACCAAGUAUCCAAAGCUUGUUGAAAAAUCUUUCAAUCCAGAUAUAUCAAAAGCUUAUAGAAACGUUGAUUUUGAUAGGCAUACUGUUAAUCAGAUUAUUGCUAGUCAUUUCUAUCGCCAGGGUAUGUUUGAACUUGGUGACUGCUUUAUUAGUGAGGCUGGCGAGUCAGAAUCUGCUGCCUCGUUGAGGUCUCCAUUUCAGGAAAUGUAUCAGAUCCUUGAAGCCAUGAAGUCCCGGAAUCUAGAGCCAGCUCUGAACUGGGCUCUGAAUAACUCAAAUAAGCUUAAGGAAUGUGGGUCGGAUCUUUUGCUAAAACUUCAUAGCAUGCAGUUCAUGGAGAUUCUACAGAAGGGAGAUAGACAUGAUGCUUUGAAGUACGCUCGGACCUACCUGGCUCCUCUUGCAUCGAAUCACAUGGCUGAACUUCAGAAGCUUAUGGCUUGCCUAUUGUGGACUGGAAGGCUUGAUUGCUCCCCGUACUCUCAUUCACAAUUAUUAUCAGUAGCAAAUUGGGAUAAAGUUGCUGAGGAGCUUAUAAGACAGUUCUGCAAUUUUCUUGGUCAGUCCUACGAGAGCCCAUUGGGUGUAACGGUUGCUGCAGGGGUCCAGGGAUUGCCUCCCCUCCUGAAGUUUAUGAAUGUUAUGGCUGGGAAGAAACAGGAAUGGCAAUCUAUGAAGCAGUUGCCUGUUCCCGUGGAGUUGGACAGAGAAUUUCAGUUCCAUUCCAUCUUUGUUUGUCCAGUGUCAAAGGAACAGUCAACCGAAGAAAAUCCACCAAUGUUAAUGCUGUGUGGCCAUGUCCUCUGCAAGCAGUCUAUCAUGAAGAUGUCUAAAAACAGCACAAAAUCGUUUAAGUGCCCCUAUUGUCCAACAGACAUUGAUGCUACACGGUGUAGGCAAUUGUACUUUUGACGCUUGCACAAAAGUCAUGGUUAAUGUUGUAUGAAACUUCCUCUCUUCAACUGAACCAAUAUUUGCUGGAUUUAGUUGUAUGGUGUAACAAAGGGUGUGAAAUGGGGGGGAAAUGAUGGUCAGUUGUGUACUGUUUGUUGCUGUAUUUGUUGUAAAUACAUAUUCUUUCUACGUGUUGGAAUGUAGAGCAAGUCACUACACAGACAUCUUUUAAGUUUGAUAGGUUUACAGCAUAGGAGUGUGCUUAGCUGCUUCUGGAGCUCACCUCCUACUAAAUAAAUAUAUUUCUCUCCUUUUAUUUUCUCAA